CAUAGUUUCCAGUCAUUGUAAAAUCUAAGUCUCUGUUCUACAGUGUAGGAUCAACGCGUCGAUAAUGGCAUCCGGAAAGCAAGUUGUUGCGACCGACAAGGCGCCGAACCCCGCGCCCCUCAUUUCGCAGGCCCUCGUGGUCAACGGCAUGGUGUACACAGCUGGUCAAAUUCCCGUUGACCCUGCCACGGGAAAGUUGGUCGAAGGCACCAUCAAGGAGCGUACGGCUCAAGUCUUCAAGAACCUUCAACAUGUCCUCGAGGCGGCGGGGUCGAGCCUGGAAAAGGCCGUCAAGGUCAACAUCUUUGUUACCAAUCUGAAAGACGUCCCUGCAUUGAAUGAAGUCUAUGCUACCAUUUUCCCUGAUCCCAAGCCGGUCCGCACCUGCGUGGGCGUUAGAGAAUUGCCUCUUGGCACUGACAUUGAGGUUGAAUGCUCAGGCUACAUCUAAGGAAAUAUACAAGAAUGCAUUGGGAGGAGUUUUUCUGGCAAUGAAC